ACAAAACUGUCAAACAUCAAAGUACUAUUGGGUCGAUGUUAAUGGCGGUUUGCUGAUGAUUUAAGGAGAAAAAUGAUAAAAUGUAAUUAGAUAAUAUUAUCAAUAGCUUUUUUUGAAAUUGUAUGUGCUAUAUGAAAAACGUUGAACUUUAGUGAGUGGUGUUAUAAAACACUUUCCGAUGUGGAAGCAGUUACAGAUGGGACUUCGGGCAUUUUUGCUGAUAGCCUCCAGAGUUUGGACAUGCUUAUGUUACACAUUAAAAAAACAGACAAGAGCUGUAAUUCAGCAUCAGUCAGUAAAAUACGAUUUAUUCCCUCUAUCGCCCUUAUCAAGACAUAGGCUGAGUAUUGUUAAAAGAAAAGUUCUUGUUCUUGAUUUGGAUGAAACGCUGAUACAUUCACAUCAUGAUGGUGUGGUAAGACAGACAGUAAGGCCCGGUACACCUCCAGAUUUUGUAUUGAAAGUGGUCAUUGAUAGGCAUCCUGUUCGAUUUUUUGUGCAUAAGAGACCACACGUCGACUUUUUUUUAGAUAUAGUUUCUCAAUGGUACGAGUUAGUAGUUUUUACAGCCAGUAUGGAAAUAUACGGUGCUGCAGUGGCAGACAGGUUGGAUGGGGGUCGUGGAAUUUUACAGAGGAGAUUUUAUAGACAGCAUUGUACACCGGAACUGGGAUCUUACACUAAAGAUUUAAGUGCCAUAUGCAAUGAUUUAUCGAGUGUUUUUAUUUUAGAUAAUAGCCCUGGAGCUUAUAGAGCUUAUCCAGAUAAUGCAAUUCCUAUAAAAUCUUGGUUUUCUGAUCCAACUGACAUAGCCCUACUCAAUUUACUUCCAGUGCUUGAUGCUUUGAGGUUUACGGCUGAUGUCAGAUCUGUAUUAUCCCGAAAUCUACAUUUGCAUAGGCUAUGGUAGAUAGGUACACACUCCGGGCGAAACCAUACAAAUAGUAUCCAACUUCCUAAUGGAUUUUUUUCUUUCUUUUUUAAUUUAUUUUUGUAGAAUUAGGAACGAAACUAAUAUGUAUAUUAUGUAUAACAAACCCCAUUGAGUCCACAUAUCAGUAAAUAAAAUGAUAACAUUUUUAAUCCAUUAUCAGUAUAUUUAUAUCACAUUCUAAUCAUAAAGUAUCUGAUAAUAUAAUUUACUUUAUAUUUCAAAUGAACUUUUUUUUUAAUAUUACGAAAGGCUGAGAGUUGUAAUUUAGUUGGAUCAUACCAAAAACCUUCAAAUUUAGGGUCUUAACGAUUCAGUUUACUCCACUGGUUCUACAUUCUGAUUGAAAUUUGCAUAAAUCCCUGAGGGUUUAUUUGAACUACUUUGGAAUCAUUGAUUUAACCGAUUGAAUCAAUUACGAAUUUGUCAAAAUUAAAUUCAACAACUUUUUUAUUCAUGUUUAUUUAUACAUUUUGGGAACAUAGUAUACUGUGUGUACUAAAAACUUCUGUCUUGAUUCAAAUUUUAAAUUUAUAAUCAGUAUUUUUAUAUCACAUUUUAAUCCUAAAGUUUCAUCCUAAAGUAUCAGAUAUUAUAGUUCACCUAAAAAAGUCUUCUACAAUUUUUUUUAUUUUCAGGGGUUAAAUGGCACAAUUCAGUUGAACCCUACCAAAAACCUAUCAAUUAGAGUUUAAAAUGAUUUUGAACAUUUUUUUCAAAACACUAAGUAUAUUCUUUAUUAAAUUUCUAAAUUUUGAGUUAUUAUUGUUGAGGUAUGGAUCGAGUACCCCCACUCGAUUCAAAUUGUUUUAUAAUCAAAUAUAAUGAUUAAGGAGGCCUAUAUUCUAGUCCUAGUCAAUAAUUUUUACAAUGGGGAUUUAGUGAAAAAAAUUUUAUUUAAACCAUCGAUAUAGAUAAUUUUUAGUUUCUUUUCUAAUUCCUUAUAUUGUUAAUUAUAUAUUUAUUUUAGGUUACUUGUAAAAACUUUAUCGAUGUUUUUUAGAUAAGAAAUGUAUCUAUAUUGUAUAUAUGUAGUAUAAUCGUAAUUAUACUAUGAUGCAAUAAAAAUUACAUUAGAAAACUUUGUUUCUACUAUAUUUGGUUAAAUAGAAACAAAUACGAAUAUAAAAACAUCAUUUUACAAUGUUAUAUGCUUAAUUUGUAUCAAUUUAUAUUUUUGGAUUGAACCCAAGGCAAAAAUGAAUAGUCUAAUAAACAUAAAAUGAAAUUAAACAGCUCUCAAUAUAUAGAAUUAGAUAUAACAGUUGGUCCAAUAAUUGUAUCCACUCUUUUGAACAUGGUUUAUAAAAGUUUUUAAUAUUAAUGGAUCUUUUAAAGUUUGUAGUAAACCCUCAAGUGUGCAGUUUUGAUUUUAUCUUUUGUAGUUUGAUGUUUUGUAUUAACUUCACUUUAACAGGACUAUCAUUGUAGUAAAGUUUCUUUUCACAUAAAAAUUGUUGCAUUUCAGCUCAAGAAUUUUCUAAUUUCAUUCUACUGCCCUCCAAACAUUUCUUAUAACUUCCUAUCAAAAUUUUCGAAAAUCUUGUAUAAAUCAAUCUUAAAAAACAACUUUUAUAGCUGCUUCUGAUUUAUGUAUAUAUAUAUAUAUAUAUAUAUAUAUAUAUAUAUAUAUAUAUAUAUAUAUUUUUUAAUCAUAUCUUGUUUAGAUAGUAAAUUUUUUCACAUACAAUUAUAUAAUUAGUAUAAAUUGACAUUUCUGUCAUACCUGGAAAAAAACAAGUAAAUAUUAAAAUAAAAGUAAAAUAAAAUUAUAUACAAACACACUAUUUAUGUUUCUUUUGGAAUGUGUUUGUAUGUGCCUUUAAUUUAGCUGACUAAUUUCCUUUUUGUCUGUUAGACGUACCUAAAUUGUACUGCUCAUGACAAUGUUUUGAUUUCUAUGAAACUGCCAUAAAAAAUUCCAAGGCCUUGAUGUCAAGUAUAUCUUAAUUUUGUAGUUGGUUUUAUACAAUUUUUUUUUCGUAAAUCGCAUAGUAUACAGUGUGUUCCAAAAAUUCAAUAAAAUACUAAUAAAAACGUAGGCUUGAAAUCAAAACUACUAUACAGUUACAGUGUCUGUGGAACCCACUGAUUCUACAUUUCUGUUGGAAUUUCCAGAAAUCCCUAACGGUUUCAUUUGAACUACUUUGGGAAUAACUAAUGGAAAGGAUGAACGAAUUUCCAAACUUUCAAUGCAAUAUUUUUCUUCAUGCUUAUUUUGGUGAUGAAGUGUACAGUGUGUUCAAAAAAUUCCCUCAAAAUACCAAUAAAAACAAAACUGUAACUAUUUGAUACUUGAAUUGAAAACUAGGAUACAUCUUCUGCAACUUUUAAGCUCUUCUGAACACAAUGAGGAAAAUAUUAGGAUUUAAUUUUUUUAUAACUUGGCGUCAAGGAAAAUCUGCUUCCUCAAGUUUUCCUCGUGGAUAACUUUUAAAAUAUUAAAAUUUCAGUGGAUUCCUUUGCUGCUGUAUUUCUGUCGAAAUAAAUAUAGAUCCCUGACGGGUCAUUUGAACUACUUUGGGAAUAAUUGGUGUAAUCAACGAACGAAUUAUAGAAAUUUAAUCAACAAUUUUAUAUAUGCUUAUUUGUAUAUUUUAGUAAUAUAAUAUACAGAGUAUUGAAAAAAAUUCCAUCAAAAUACCAAUAAAAACGAAGCCGUAACUAUUUGAGGCUUGAAUUCAAAACUAAGAUAAAUCCUCUACCUCUCUCCUCUUUCAAGCUCUUUUCAGCAUAUUUAGGAAAAUACUAGGAUUUAAUCUAAUGGCAGAGCCUUUUUACAUAGCUAGAAAUUCUGGAAAGCCUGUGAAGGAAGUUAGGCCGAAAAGACUUCCUCAUUUUUAAUAAUAGGAAUGAAUUUCAAUUUUUGGUUCAUUUACACUAGAUUGGGAUGAAAAUUAAAACCGUUUCUGGUGAAUAUAAUGUAAAUAAUCAGUUUCAUAGAGAUCAUCCCUUUCGUUAUGAAGAUAUUUAAUUGUUUACUUCUCCUAUUUUCAAAUAAAUUAUUACUAAAGUGGGUUUAUUUUAUCAGUGUCAUUGUUUAUAAAAAUUUCUAUGAAAAAUACUGUUCUGAUAAAAGUGCAAAUAUUUAUAGAGAUUGACUAAAUGUAGAGAAAAUAUUUUCUGCAUCAGAAAAUCAACUAGAUUGGAAUGUUAAAUUGAUGUUCUUCUCCAUUUUUCUGGAUGUUAUUUUUUAAGUAUAAUUAAUGUACAUACGUAGCUGAAUAACAUGUAGAUAUUGAUAAAAGUUCUCCUACUACUUCUUAAAAAAAUAUUUGACAAAUUUGUUAAUAAAAGGACGAUUCUGACAAAAAAUACAUUGACUUUCUUUGUACAUAAUAUUAGAAUGUAAUAAUUAUUUAUCUGGCAAGGACGAAAAACGGUUAUAUUAGUACCUGUAAAUUGGUGUGAAACAGUUUUUUAUCGAGGCACAUCCUACAUUUUUUCCUCGACCUAUAUAUAUGUGUGACCUAUUUGUUGUUUUCCAGUUCCUCUCUUUGAAACAGAUCAAUUUUUUUAAGUUUUUAAGUGUAAUGAACAAUCUAUUUAUCCCCCCUAUUAAAGUGGUAAAACAUCCAUUAGGACUAUAGAAUCGUUUUAACGUUAAUCCUUGUAUGUAAUUAGCCACUUUUUCCACCGAAGUAGCAAUUGACGUAAUUUUACGGUCCAAAACCAGUAUGUAUGUAUGAGGUUAUGUUUAAUGCUGCUAUAAAAAUUUGAACGUAUUUUUUUCAUAAAAUCUCAAAUGUAGUAAAAGUGACUAUUAUGACUAAAGUUAAUCAGGGUAUGGUUCUGCAACAUCCUUUUGUAUGUUUUACUACUUUCUGUUUGUUUGUGUGAUCGUGAAAAUCAAUUACUUAUUCUAUUUAAUUCUCCAACUCAAUUUGUUUGGAAUAUUUAGCAUAUUUUAUAAAAAAAAUCAAUUGCCUUUAAGCAUAGGCCUCUCUGUAUAUGAAGAAAUAACUUGUGUAUUGUCCUUAGUAGGGCCUGGGUGAGCUUGUAGCUCGAUCAAAAUCCAAUUUACACCCUCGAUUAUGUUUUUUUCAAAGUUUGAGUACGGUACCUUAAAAUAUUUCCUUAUACAAAGUUUUGUGUCUUCCUGUACGUCAGAGAAAAAGAAUAUAUUUUACCCAACAGAGUUUCGUAAUACGAGGAAAUAUAUGGAUUAAAUUGUUAAUAUUUUCUUUUUUUGUAUACAGGGUGGACGUAAACUCGAAACUCAUAUUAACUUUCAAAUGGAAAACCCAGUAUAUUAUAGUAUUAAUAAAAUCUUAUGUUUUGACAAAAUCUGGCACAAGGAAAUGGCGAAAAAUAUGGAAAUGAAAAUAAAAUUUUCCAAAUUACCCAUUACUUAUAUACAGGGUUGUUCAACAAUGUUAAAGUGAUUUUUGGAUGAAACUAAGAAAGUUUUUGCUUUAAAAUUGUUCUAUACUUUCCUAUAACUUUGUAUCUUAAUUCAAAAUCAUUUUUAAUAAGUUUUACUAGUAAAUAAUCAUUUUUUGUACUGUUUUUUAUUUUUUCUUUGUUUAAUAUGUAAUUGUACAUACAUACUUAGGAAAUAAGAUACUCUAAGUUGUAUAUAGCGAGGAGUAACUCAGUUAGAGCUAAUUAUUAUGAGUAUAUUGAGUAAUAGGGACGUUUCAUUGAUAGCAGUACCUUUAUUUGAAUACUAGAAGUAAUUUUUUCACUUUAUACAAUAAAACUGAACAAUGAGUUACUCCGAGAGCUUAUAUUAAGCUUUUGGUAACGAAAUUAGAACAAGAAGUACCUAAUGUGAAUCUUUCACAAUAAAUAUGUGAACUGUUUGUUGAAAUAAAACAGACCAAAC